AUGCCGCUCUUCGUCCAUAUUCUGCGCUCGGCCAUGCUCUUCAUGAACAUAUACGACACAUACAAGACGCUGAAGCCACCGCCACCGUCUACCAGAGACCCGUCACGUCCCAGUGUUCGAGCGGCUACCCAGCGGAAGAGAGAUCUCAAGGGAUGUCUAGCGGUCUGGAUAGUCUGGUGCUGCUUUACAUUGUAUGAGCGUCUAAUAGAAGGCUUCGUCAAUCUUUUUAUACCAUUCUAUGACGAAUUUAAGUCAAUGGUAGUCCUAUUUAUGAUCAUCACGAGGGCGAGGGGUGCUGAGCCCAUCUUCCUACACGUUCUGCGGCCGCUAAUCCGACCCUAUGAUGCGAGCAUCGACGGGACCCUGGAGGUCUUGCGCAUGACCGGUGACUUCGUCUUCGCCCUCGCAUCCUUCCCAGUCCAACUCGCCAUCGACUAUUGGAAGAACAAGUUCUCGCCCGACUUUAAAGUUCCGGAGAAAGACUCGGAGUGCAGCUCGGAUACGUCGGAUAGUCGCUCAAUCGGCAACGAUGCUGUUGAUCAAGCCGCGGGCUCGGCGCUCAACGGAGGCAAAUUCGCCCAAAAGCCCCAUCAACCGCCUAUCCGUCGCACGUCCGGGGACAGCACCAGGACCCUUGUGGCGGGUGACCCACGGAAGAAAUCGUCGCCACACGAGAUAUGGCAUCCUCCUCGGUCAGCAUACGAGGACCACAGUGGCAUCGUGCGGACGGCGUCCAACGGUUCAGCCAGCAGUGGUUCCACCGGCGUCAUCGAGCUCACCAAGGAAGAAAAGGAGAUCGAAGAAUGGAGAAAGUACCCCGACUUCCCUUCCGCUUACCCACCCACCCCACUAACGACGACCGUCCACCUGUCCUCAACUACCGCCGUUGUUGGAGCCCAACUCUUCGCCCCCAUUCCUGAAGAUGAACCUCCCCAGCAGGAUUUUCACAGGUCGCUCAAGCAGCCGCGUAGUCAGUUGAAUCCCAGCUACGCAGAUGACUUGAGCGACCAAAGUGAAGUAACCCAUGGGAUUCACCAGUAUAACGGAUUUGCGGGAACAAGCACCACUGCAGUGGAGACGGAGGACGAGAGCAUGUCCGACGGUUCGUAUGAAGAAGAGGACACUUUCGACAUAACGCUUCAAACGCCGCUACAGCCACACAUCUCCUUGCGGACACCACGAGCGCCUCUCCUGGCUGCGUUCCCCAGCCAGUCAACAGCCGUCGACAGUGUCGAUAGCACGUCAUCUCUUCAGACACGAACACCCUCAGCCCAGUCUCAUGGCUCCGUUUCUCCGACUCCUUCUCUGAGCGGCACAUCAUCGUCUGCCAUGGAAGUCGAUUCAGAACAACCUUUUGUCAAAGCCAGUGACGAGAAUGGGAGGGUCAGGCGACCCCAAAUAACCGCUGGACGGGAACGCUCUGGCACGACGAUGCAGCGCCGGCUAAGGCCGCGUCCGAGUCCAGUAAAGAAGAGAAAGAUUGCACGCUCCAAUCUCUCGGAAGGCGGUACGAGUACCACGAGUACAGGGGAAGAAGACAAUAAGGAGACGUCAGGCGCCAACGGAGAGGGGAUUGCCGAGGAUGUGUAUGUUCCGCCUGUCCAGAAGACGCCUUUGAAGAAGCGACCCAGGAUGGCGGGUACCACUCGAAAAACACCAAGCACCACGACCACCAGUGGCACUUCGAGGACAGUCAAACCCCGCGUUGCUCGGCGCACGUCACCAGUUCAGCGUCCCCAAUUGACUAGGACCCAACCGUCUGGCUCCCGACUCGGUACUACCGCUACUUCGAGUAGGAAGUCCUCGACGAGAAGUGCUGCUGGAUCGAGAUUACCUCGCCGUAACACGGAUUCAACACAGAACCUUGUUUCCACGAGAAGGAAUGGUGACGCUCCCUCUCACAGUAUCACAACACAGGGAAGCGUUUCCUCCUCGGCCGCUUCAACUGCAUCCGAUUCCGCUCAAGAGAAACACGCCUCGAGCUCACGCCCAAAACGCAUCGUUGGCUCCUCAACGCUUUCAUGA